AUGCCCCCUCAGCGUCGGUCAUGGGUCGGAUGUACAAGGUGCAAGAGCUUCAAGAAGAAGUGCAGCGAAGAGAGACCCGCUUGUCAGCGAUGCACCCUUGCUAAAGCAAAGUGUGAAUACGCCGUCAAGUUGCGAUGGGGAGGCCGGCCCUUCAAUCGCUCACCGUUUGGGGAGUGUUUGACCCAAAAUGAGGGCAACGUUCAAAGAUUAGAUUUAAACAAUAAAAACUUCAUUUAUGUCUCCCCUUCUACUCCCAAAUCAGAUCCGCCCAAGGUUGCAUCACCUCCAGAACAACAUAUCGAUGAGACACAAUGGAUACCAGCUUCGCCAUCAGCAGCCCCAGAGUCACCAGAGUCUUCGCAGCUGAUUCUCUAUCCACAAAGCCCGCAAAUCUCUCUCACGCCCUCUGUAGAGUUUUUCGGACACCUAUCUCCCUUGCACAGAUCAGGACUUCAGUAUUUCAUCGAAAGAACAGUCAGGGCACUGGCGCCCCAUCCACGAAUCUUCAAUGAGCUAUGCGAGCUUAUUCUUCCCAUGGCAGUAUUCAACGAGCCACUACUCCAAGGCAUCGUCACACUUGCAGCAACACAUCGACUGGCCAGUUGCAAAACAAGUGAGGAACAGAACGCUCAAGCCCUCAUUGUCGCCGGCUUUCAAGCUCUCAGCUCCAGAUCACUUUGCGAUAAACUUUCAGAUUGUGCUGAGGAUCAGGAACUCAUUCCUCUUCUCGCUACAGCUAGAGCGCUGUUUGUCUGUGAGGUGUUUGCCAGUGAACCCAAUGCAGACCGGUGGAGCGUGCAUUUCCGAGGAGCCAGAGGACUAAUUUCACGAAUCCAAGACAAAGGUCUCUUGGAAAGACCGACUGAUGAGCUGCGUUUCUUAUUACGAUGGUUUGAUAUGACCGAGUCACUGGUCUGUCACUCUAUCAGUGACCUUGCUCCAAAGCAAUCCGCUAUCCCAUCACCGACAACCCUUCCAUCUUUUGAACCAGAUGACGAGCCAGUGUAUAUUGACAUGUACCUCGCGCGUACGAAGGAUCUACUUAACGUUUUUAAAGAGAUAGCCAGGCUAUCCCAUAUCAGAAACGAAAGGGUAACGCCAGAGGGAGUAUCACAAGAUGUGGGAGAUGAUGCGGAGACAGAGACCAGGCCAACCCACCCCCCGUCAUGUCCAUACGUGGCCGAGACUUGUCCGUUGCCGAAGUUCAAGAGUACAGGUUGUCGAACCAAAUAUGGCAACUCACGGGCCUACUUCUCAUCCACCGACGCCUGUUCCAUGAGCCCAGAUCCUCAACGCUCAUACAAGAUCUUGUACAGCGCAUACUCGAAUCUACAGAGCGCAUGA